UGUGGUCAGGGCGCACACAUGCUAUGAGUCACCCCCUCUCUCUCCUGGGCGCACAAACACAGACCUGACAAACUAGACAUUAUUUCUUUGCUUUCAUGAAGUAUGGUGGCUGCUGAUUAUUUUUCCGUUUCUGUUCCAAAGUAAGAGACCAACAUGGGAGGAGUAGCUUUCUUCUAAUUCAGUGAAAACAGGACAAAAAUCUACAACUGGCACAAUCUUUCUCUCUGAAACCCAAAAUGGAGCCCCUGGACCAGACCUACUGGUCUCCCCUUGCAUCAGACCUCAACUCCUCAACAGCCACCCCCCCACCCUUCCUCUUUUCCUACCCCCGCCUCUUCAACAUGUCCUCCAACCUGUCUACUCAAAGUGUCCCCUUCCAGGGCAGCAGCACUCUGAUGACAGCAGUCAUCUCCCUCACAGUUUUCUUGGUGGGUCUGACUGGCAACACUCUGGCCAUCUAUGUGGUGCUUCGAUAUGCCAAAAUGAAGACAGUCACCAACAUUUACAUCCUGAACCUGGCUGUGGCUGAUGAGCUCUACAUCAUCGGGCUCCCCUUCCUCACCACACAGAACGUGCUCUCCUAUUGGCCGUUUGGCUCCUUCCUGUGCCGCGUGGUCAUGACAGCAGACUCUAUGAACCAGUUCACAUCUAUUUUCUGCCUCACAGUCAUGUCCAUCGACCGUUUCCUGGCUGUGGUUCACCCAAUCCGCAGCACCAAGUGGAGACACCCCCGCGUGGCCAAGGUGGUGAGCGCAGCCGUGUGGGCCGUGUCCUUUGUGGUGGUCCUGCCUGUGGUCAUCUUCUCUGAUGUUCAGGACACAUUUAAUUCCUGCAACAUGAACUGGCCUGAGCCAAAGAACGUGUGGUCAACAGCCUUCAUUCUCUAUACUGCCACAGUCGGCUUCUUUGGACCGCUGCUCAUCAUUUGCCUCUGCUACCUUCUUAUCGUUGUCAAGAUGAAGUCAUCAGGGGCGCGGGCAGGCUUCACCAAGCGACGGCGUUCGGAGCGCAAGGUGACGCGUAUGGUGGUGGUGAUCGUGGUGGUGUUUGUGCUCUGCUGGUUGCCGUUCUUCAUCAUCAACAUGGUCAAUCUGGUUGUCAUCAUCCCAGAGUCCAGCGUCACUGCUGGCAUUUACUUCUUUGCUGUCAUCUUGUCCUACGCCAACUCCUGCGCUAACCCGGUGCUCUACGGCUUUUUGUCGGACAACUUCAGACAGAGCUUCAGAAAAGUUCUGUGUGUGACCAGUGUGAGGUGCAAGGCCAAUGGUGUGGAUGAUGGCGACCCCAGUGCUCCACGCACUGAGAAAACCACAGCACAAGACUGCAUCCUUCUCUCCCCUCGUAACCAGGUCUACCAUGAUCCCCAGAGCAGCCAGAUCUCUCCUAAUGUUUCAGGCUCACCCACCUCCCACACAGCAGCAGACCUCCACCGCUCCACCCCUAAAUGUCAACUUCCCUCCACUUGUCCAGGAAUCAAACUCACCACUACCGCGGUAACUGCCACAGCAGCCUCCAUGGUUACCUCCGCAAUAACCCCAGCUGAACUUUCAACCGUCACUGCCCUGACUACGCCCUCCUCCCCUGCAUCUAUAGUACCGCAGGAACAAGCACCAUAA